ACUGCUUUGACGGGAGAGGGAACUUGAAGAGUUUUAGAGUUCGCUGCCGAGCAAUCCCACUAUAAUCGGACGAAAAUUUCCGACUCUUUGAUUCGUUUUCGAGCAAUUCGUAGCCUCCAAUGUGUUUCUCGUCUAGGUGCAGAGAGAGAGACAGAGAGUUUGCAGUUUCAGGCUCCUGAGGUUGGACGGCCGUUUGGUGGCGGUCAAGGUUGAGCGAGGGAGACGAUGAAGGAUCUCCCGGGGACGCCAGGGACCGUCAGCGGCCUGGUUCUCCGGGCAGGACAAUGCCUACUCGCAGCUGGCUCGAUCGCCGCGAUGGUGACUGCUACGGGCUUCUCGAACUACACCGCCUUCUGCUACUUAAUUGCUUCAAUGGGUCUUCAAGUGCUUUGGAGUCUGGGUCUUGCAUGCCUCGAUGCAUAUGCUCUGAGGAUCAAGAGAGAUUUACAAAAUCCAGUACUGGUCAGCCUGUUUGUAGUUGGUGAUUGGGUGACAGCGACACUCUCGCUUGCAGCAGCAUGCUCAUCAGCUGGGGUAACGGUGCUUUAUGCAAAAGAUUUAGCAAGAUGCAGCAGCAAGAUGCAGCAGCCUUUGCCAUGCCAAAGGUUCCAGCUUUCAGUUGCGCUUGCUUUCGGUACCUGGUUUCUGAUUGCUCUCUCCUCACUCAUCAUGUUCUGGCUUUUGGCGUCUGUAUGAGAACGGACAUUUCCUAUUUUUGGAAAGUCCCCGUCUAAGUACCUUGUUGUAAUCUCCGCUAUGUCACAAGGAUAUGGAUAAAAGGAUUGACAUCACUUUUGUGUAUUGUCCAGUAAAAGGUAUUGAUAAUGGAAAUAGUUUGUACACAAGUGCCCCAGUAUGGUUCUCCUCAUUGGGUAAAGGCCAUGGCUCCGUAUUCAUGGACUUCAUGAAUCAUGGGGCUUUUCUCUGUGUGUGCGCGCGUCUAUCUUGUGAAUAUAGAAGUUGUAGCAGAUGCUUUACGUUUUUGCUCUCUUAUCAGCUGUGGAUUAUUCCAUCAUAAAGCCUGUAUCC